UUUGGAUGUUAGUUAAAUAAUUAUUUUUUAAAUAAUUCACCUCUCGUGUUUCAGAUAAAUUAUUAUGUGAUGUAAUCAAAGUGAAAAGAUAACGAAUCUAUUAUAGUUUAAAAUCAGUGCUUUUAAAAUUUUUUUACGCGGUACUAAAUGUAGAAUUAUAAUGUUUUUCGGACGAUUAUUGUUCACUGUGUUCUGCCUUGAAAUAGAAGUUUUUUCUUUCCUCGGGGCUGAAGAUGUGAACAUACGUGAAGUCUUUGCAGACAAGGGAACCAUAAACGUAACAAUACCGUGUGGGGAGCUCCUUACUGUACCACCCCCCAAUGUGCAAUGGGUGCACAGAGGCCACAAGACUCAUCACAAUGUUUUGGCUGACGGUAGUCUGCUCCUGAAGAAGAUAGGAACCGAAGACGCUGGACUAUACGAGUGCAGUCUUGAAAAUGAGACAGAUUAUGUCGACAGGGUCAACUUGACCGUACGAACGGAGCCCCCGCCUCUAGUGAACGUUACCGUCCAUUCCUCGACUAUCCUCGCUCUGAUCCUCUGGAACGUGGCCGGAGACGGUGGUCAUCCCAUCAUAGAUUUCACCGCUCAGUAUAGAUCGGCGAUGCCAGUCAACGGGACAUUGGAACCGUGGAGGCCAAUCAGCCCCAAUCACAUUAGUCCUAAUUCGCGUCAGAUCGACGUGUACCAUUUGGAGCCGAACGCCUCGUACUGGUUCCGAGUUUGGGCGACGAACGUGCUCGGACCGGGCCCCCCAGUCGAAGUGCUCGCUACAACCCUGUACAGUGAUCAGGAAGCAGAGCUGUACAAACACUUCCUAGAGGGCGUCGAGACCUUCGACACGAGGACGUGGGUGGCGGCCGUCUGCGUGGUGAUGGGCACGCUGCUGGUGCUCGCGGUCGGCACCUGCGCCGUGCUCUGCCGCGAGUGGCGACGCACCGAUUACGGGGACGAUCAGGAUUUAAUUGAACUAGUGCCUAACAUCAUUCUGAAUCCGGGCUUCAUGGAAAUGGAUCCGAUUCGACCGCGGGAGGUGUUCGGCGGCUCGAUCAUCAGGUCGACGGAGUGCCCGGGCCCGGGGAAGCCGAGGAGGGUUUGAUUCUCGUCCAUACUUAACCUUAGGAUACUGUAUCGCACCGAUUCAGGAUUCUCAUCAUGAUCUUGGGUCAUUCUUAAAGCAGAUGACGUCAUCGAUGCCUGUUUCAGUUUUGCAUAAACAUUUCAACGGUAGACUGCUUUAUGGUUCUUGGUUCCUUGUGGUAUUUUAUGGUUGUUGGAAAAGAACGAAGGGAACAGUUCGCGAAUACCCGUGCAUCUGUCUUCUUUGUUGUUACUGAAUCAAAAUGUCGAUGGUCUUAACAUUUUUGUACGAAGUCUGUCUAUCUAUCAGAUUUUUUUAAAAUAAACUAAACUAGUUUCCUUUAUUCGCGGCGCAAAGGCUUCCAUGUUGAAAGAUUUUCAAACUAAACUUUUUAUCUAAAACUUAUGAUCUGGUUUUCUAUACUACAAGAAAAAGAAAAAAAAAUGUCAAUUAGUCCCUAACAGAUUUCAAUGAUAUUUCGCACAAAAGAGAGUUUGCGCAGUUUGUAUUUGCGCAGUGACAUUGCAUAAGUGACAUAAUUGCUGUAACAAAUUCGAAAAUGUUUGCGAUGGUUUCUUAAUUUACGUAACAACGGAUUUUCAAGUCGACCGGUUGUUUAUGGUCCCGAGAGUGUGACAAAGGUAACUCUUUAUUUCGCGGAAAAUGGAACGUUUUACAUUCCGAAACCGCGCGACGGGACUGGUUGGUAAUAAUAUCCAGAAAA